AGUCUUUGCACUAGUCUCCUAUUGCUGCUGUACCAAAUUACCACAGACUUAGUGACUUAAAAUAAUGUAAAUUUAUUAUCUUACAGUUUGGGGGAAAUUAGGAGCCCAAAAUUAGUUUCACUGGGCGAAAACCAAGGUGUCGGCAGCACUAUGUUCCUUCUGGAAGCUCUAGAGGAUAAUCUAUUUCCUCAUAUUUUCCAGCUUCUAGAGGCUUUUUACAUUCCUGUGUUGUGACCCCUUCCUCCAUCUUCAAAGCCAGGAGUGUGGCAUCUUCUCUCCCCUCCGACUUCUGCAUCUGUCCCAUCCUCACAUCUUCAUCCUCUGACUUUGAUCCUCCUGCCUCCCUCUUAUUCUUGUGAUUGCACUCGGCUCACCCAGAUAACCUCCCCAUCUCAAGAUAACCUUCUCAUCUCAGGAUAAUCUCCCCAUCUCAAGAUCCUUAACUUGUAAGGAUCCUCCCUCUUAUUCUUGUGAUUGCACUGGGCUCACCCAGAUAACUUCCCCAUCUCAAGAUAAUCUCCCCAACUCAAGAUCCUCACCAGAUAACCUCCCCAUCUCAGGGUAAUCUCCCCAUCUCAAGAUCCUUAACUUAAUCACAUCUGAAAAGUCCCUGUUCCUCAUGUGAGGUAAUACACUCACCGGUUCUGGGGAUUAGGAAAUAGGCCUCUUUUGCAGGGGGUCCUUAUUAGCCUACCACAUUCUUUUCAAUGUUAGCUGUAUAAAAUUGAAAUUUUGAGUCUCCUAAUGAAAUUGUACCUCUGCCUACCCUUCUACCUGCCUCACCUUUCGUAUCUCAGUAAAUGGUCCUGCCAUCUACUAAUUGUUCCCUUCAGACACGUGGUUCUCUGUUCUCCCUCACCCCCACAUCCAGUCCCUCAUAUUGUUCUGUCCCAUGGACUUCUAAGGUGUUUCUAGAGUCUCUCCACUUCAUUUUGUAGCCACUGCCACUACCCUAGGCUAAGCCAUCACCAGCGCUUGCCUGAACUGCUAUCAUAGCCUCUAAUUUCUCACUGUACUUCAACUCUUGUCCUUUUCUCAUCUGUUCUCUAUAAAUCAAUUAGAUUUUUUGCAAACACAAAGCAAAUCAUGCUGUUUUCCUAUUUAAUACUCUCCAAUAGUUUCCUGUCUCAUGUUGAAGAAAAUCCAAAUUCUUCAUCAUGACUUCUAAGACCCCUGGGUCUGGCCUGGCCCUCUGUCAAAGGACCUCUCAUUCUACUCUCUUUACCACCACAUUCUGGUCACACUGGCCUCCCUGGAGAUUUCUCCGUGGCCUAAGCCAUGCUUCUCACAUGCAGUUCUUCUGCUCGGCACUCUGCUGCUCUUCCCCGGCUGCCGCCUUGCUGAGCUUUAGUUCUCAUCUGAAAUGUGUCCUCAAGGAAGCUGUUCUGCACAGCUCCCCCUAACUGGAGUUCCCUACCCUCCUGCACACAAAUUUUUCUCGACCACUUCACCCUUUUACGUAGUCUUCGUAGCCUUAUCACUGUUGAUAAUGACUUAGUUGUUGUUUACCGUAUAUCGUUUAUUUUCUCUCUCAGAUUGUUAAUUCUGUAAAGGUGCAGGCCAUUUCUGUUUGUUCCUUGCUGUAUGUGAUGCUUCAUAGGUAUGUGACACUAGGAGGCCCUGAAUACAUUUUCUGUGUCAUCCUUACCCUGACUUUAUCUUACCUGUUUGCUUUUAUUUUCCUUUCUUUUCUUAUUUCUUACUUAAUAUUGAAAUGAGAGAAAAACUUACAACCCUCAGGCUCUACUCAAGGUUGGGGUUGGGGGAGGUAGAGCUUCCUCUGCUCCUGUCCCUUCCACCACCCCCAUGCACUCACUCGCCAUUGGUACUGUGUGUGGUGGACAAAAGAAAAGCUUUCUACUAGUGUUCCUUCCCAGGGAAUGUGGGAUUCAUCUUGGAAUGCCAAAAUAAAGAUGAAAGAGAAAACCAGAAUGACUUUCGGGACCAAAGAUUGAAAUUGCUCUGCAUGAUAAAGUAAAAAGUGUAUUUUCACUGACUGCAGGCAGAGUGUUCCUUAAAAUCCUAGCUGCUUUUUUUUUUCUCCCUCUGGCAAAGGCUAGAGAUAAGAAAAACUGGGGUUCUAGACUCUAGGGAGGAAGGAUAACGUUCAAAGCGCUAUUCGUCAGAGGUGAGCAGGGCCCUUGAGAUGAGUGGGAUAUGAGCAAAUGUGGGACUCAGGAGAGAGAGGACCAGUAGGGGACACCCUGGGAGAAAGAGGUCCUGAGCUCUUCUUUCCUCUGGAGCCCUGACCCUGCAGCAGUGGCACACAGGGCAUCUUUUACCCUCUGGUGCAGCAGUCAUGGUUCUUGGCACAAUGCCUUGGGCCUUCUGGAGCCUCAUCGUCUAAGAUGCUGGAGAGUAGCUGAUAGCCCGGGUUGGCAUCAAGUUUGUUGAUUCUCCCCAGGACCCUUUUCUUUAUAGAUGCUACAUGCCAUGAUUUAUGCACAAACAUGAUUUGCCUGACAGUGCAGUCUGGGCCUGGAAUAAUUUUAAUUAAUGGGAAAAUGGUUCUCAAUACACCGAUUAGACCUCUUCAGGUACAACAAGAUAAAAGCCUGAUAAUUUGGAUGGAGUACUCUUCUUAAAUGUCUACUCUGCACGGCAGCCAAUGGGAAAGCCAGGCUCUCUCCCACCUGAUCCAAUGAGUAAUUAAGAGAGGGCUUUUUCUUCCCUACCUCUCCCCUCCCUCCACCCCGCUCCCCAACUAAAGCUUAACAGGUUGGUGAUAUAAUGUGGAGACUUUAAGGGGUGUCAUCCUAGCAGCUUAGGCAAGAGCCAGGGUGUCUUCUUUCCGCUCCCCAAGCACUGCUCAGGUGGGUUUGAAAAGCAGGCAAGUGAGGGAAGGAAGAAGCUAGAAGCCGGCAAAGUAGGUAACAGCUCUCUGCAAAGUUUGAGAAGGGCCUAUGGCCAUGAGUGAGGUGGGAACUCGGAAGCCCAGCGAUGGCACAGUUUCUCACCUGCUCAAUGUGGUGGAGAGCGAGCUUCAGGCAGGGAGGGAAAAAGGCGACCCUACGGAGAAGCAACUUCAGAUCAUCCUGGAGGAUGCACCUCUCUGGCAGAGAUUCAAGGAAGUCACUAAUGAGAUGAUUGUGACCAAGAAUGGCAGACGGAUGUUUCCAGUCCUAAAGAUUAGUGUCACAGGACUGGACCCCAAUGCCAUGUACUCCCUCCUGCUGGACUUUGUCCCUACGGACAGUCACCGCUGGAAGUACGUCAACGGGGAAUGGGUGCCUGCGGGCAAGCCAGAGGUCUCCAGCCACAGCUGCGUCUACAUUCAUCCGGACUCCCCCAACUUUGGUGCCCACUGGAUGAAGGCUCCCAUCUCCUUCAGCAAAGUGAAGCUGACCAACAAGCUCAAUGGAGGCGGGCAGAUAAUGUUGAAUUCUCUGCAUAAAUAUGAACCCCAGGUUCACAUAGUACGUGUUGGAAGUGCCCAUCGAAUGGUAAUGAACUGCUCCUUCCCUGAAACCCAGUUCAUAGCCGUGACUGCCUAUCAGAAUGAGGAGAUAACAGCUCUCAAAAUCAAGUACAAUCCUUUUGCCAAAGCCUUCUUGGAUGCCAAGGAAAGAAAUCACCUAAGAGAUGUACCGGAGGCUAUCUCUGAGAGCCAGCACGUGACCUAUUCUCACUUGGGAGGCUGGAUCUUCUCCAAUCCGGAUGGAGUGUGCACAGCAGGAAACUCCAAUUACCAGUAUGCCGCUCCUCUGCCUCUGCCUGCUCCCCACACCCACCAUGGCUGUGAGCACUAUUCGGGCCUCCGAGGGCACCGGCAGGCUCCCUACCCUUCUGCGUACAUGCAUAGAAACCAUUCUCCCUCAGUGAAUUUGAUAGAAAGCUCAAGCAAUAAUCUGCAACUUUUCUCGGGACCUGACAGCUGGACUUCCUUAUCCUCCACACCCCAUGCCAGCAUCCUGUCUGUACCUCACACCAACGGACCAAUCAACCCGGGGCCCAGCCCCUAUCCGUGCCUGUGGACCAUCAGCAAUGGUGCCGGAGGCCCCACUGGGCCAGGCCCGGAGGUGCACGCCAGCACCCCGGGAGCGUUUCUCCUCGGAAACCCAGCUGUGACUUCACCCCCCUCUGUGCUGUCCACCCAAGCACCCACUUCGGCUGGUGUGGAGGUUCUAGGGGAGCCCUCGCUAACCAGCAUUGCUGUGUCCACCUGGACAGCAGUGGCCUCACAUCCCUUUGCGGGCUGGGGUGGCCCAGGAGCAGGUGGGCACCAUUCUCCUUCCUCCUUGGAUGGUUAAGCAGGAUCCUAGGAGCCUCUGUCCACAGAGGCCCUUCUAUGUGUAGAGUGCUUAGAAACCACGUCUACUGAUCUAGUGAGUCAGGCUGUGAAAUCUCCCUUCCCACUAGCUGGCGGCGGAGGUGGGUUAUUACGGAAGUCGUACUGGGACAGGGUUCAGUCUGGGUGAUGCUGGUUAGGUCAUUCACAUCUCUCCACCGUUUCUUCUGCACUCCCAUUUUCUCUGCAGCUUAUUCUUGCCAUGCUUAGGUGACAGAAGUCUGUUAAGUACUGUCCUUGUGCUCUGCUCCUUAAUCUCAAAUAGUUCUGGAAAGCCUCUCUUCCUUUUCCGUGAAGCAAGUGCAGAGCUGUUAAAUGAGCUCAAAGUUUACCUAGCUAAGGCCACUGCUUCCUGCUUUGUGCUGCCCGGGAAAGUUUGUGUGGCUGCAGGGCUCAGGUUCGCGCGUCUGCUUUGAGACUAGGAGGAAGUGUAAGCCAUAGAGUAAGAUUAACAAAAUGAAUAAGGCUGAUCAUGUGCUACUCACAGCAGUGUGCCCAGACUUGUGGAAAUGAAGUCAUGUCACUCCUCUGCUCAGAAACCUUCAGUAGUUCACCGUUACCAAUGGAAUGAAGUCAAAUCUCCUCACUAUAGCUAGGUGUGGUAGCUUAAGCCUAUAUUUUCAGCCCUUUUGGAGGCCAAGGUAAGAUGAUUGCUUGAGGUCAAGAGUUCGAGAACAGCCUGUGCAACAAAGUGAGACUGUCUCUCCAAACACACACACACACACACACACACACACACACACACACACACACACACACAAUUAGCUGGGCAUGGUGGCAUGUGCCUACAGUCCCAGCUACUUGGAGGAGGAUGACUUGAUCUCAGGAGGUUGAGGCUGUAGUGAACUAUGAUUGUGGCACUGCAUUCCAGCCUGGGCGAUAGAUCAAGACUCUGUCUUAAAAUAAAAAAGAAAGAAAGAAAUCCUACUAUGAGGGAUCCCACCAUCUGGCCUGAAACCACUUCCCCAGCUUAGGUACCUCUGUUAUCCUGUUUCCUCCUAUGUUUCCAUCAAGGCCAGCGUCUCUGUUCUUUGAACAUUCAUUGUGCUUUCCCACCUCUGUACCUUGCCUGUGCCUGAGUGUCCUUUCUCCAGUUUACCUGUGCGAAUUCGACCCACCUCCCAGGGCCUGGCUGGAAUGCAACUCCCUGCAUUCAACAUCUGAUCUGCUGAGAUACAUCUGAUCUAACCCUGCUCACUGUUCUCCCACUGUUUUUGCCUCUGCCAUAGAGCCACCUCAGUUUGCCUUGUUACCUGUGAGUGUGUCUUUCUCUAGUAGACUGUAAGCCUCUCGAGGGUGAGGCCUAGCCUUCUUGUCUUUGUAACCCACAGCACCUGGUUCUGUGCCUUGCCUACUGUAGGUGCCCAAUAAACACUUGCUGAACUGAA